AAAUUUGCUCUUCUUGUUAGUUUUCCUUUCCUUUUCUAGUAGCUAUCAGCUUUUAUUCUCACCAUGUCUGAAACUGCUCCCGCCGAGACUGUGGCUCCAGCUCCUGUAGAGAAGUCUCCCGCCAAGAAGAAGACGACAAAAAAGGCUGGCGGUGCGAAGCGGAAGGCCACUGGUCCCCCAGUGUCCGAGCUCAUAACUAAGGCUGUUUCUGCUUCUAAGGAGCGCGGCGGCUUGUCCCUGCCUGCUCUUAAGAAGGUUCUGGCUGCUGGUGGCUACGACGUGGAGAAGAACAACAGCCGCAUCAAGCUUGGGCUGAAGAGUUUGGUGAGCAAGGGUACCCUGGUGCAGACCAAAGGUACUGGUGCCUCGGGUUCCUUCAAGCUUAACAAAAAGGUGGCUUCCGGCGAGGCCAAGCCCAAGGCUAAGAAGACCGGGACUGCCAAGGCCAAGAAGCCUGCAGGUGCCACCCCGAAAAAGCCUAAGAAGGCUGCGGGGGCAAGGAAGACCGUGAAGAAAACUCCAAAGAAAGCAAAGAAGCCUGCGGCAGCUGGAGUAAAAAAAGCUGCCAAGAGCCCUAAGAAGGCCAAGGCUGCUGCCAAGCCUAAAAAGGCUGCAAAGAGCCCGGCAAAGGCCAAGGCGGUGAAGCCUAAGGCAUCUAAGCCUAAGGUUACCAAGCCGAAGACAGCUAAGCCUAAGGCUGCCAAGGCAAAGAAGGCUGUUCCUAAAAAGAACUUGAGCUGGUGAAAGUCCGGGUCCGACUGGAAGGGCUCCUAGAAGGCGACGACCCAGUAUGCAGAACAGCAAGGAGUGGAAGCGCAGCCGCAAGGUGCUGAAGGUCCUGAAGCAGACCCCCAAAACUUUGGCAUCUUUUCCAAUGUCAUGGGUCACUCACAUGGUGCCUGAGUGCACAAAUUUCCACUCAAGUCAUUCGUGCCUUUUAUGGAGCCCCUUUUACUCAGUUUUUCCACUGGAAGUAUACAGACACUGAAGUCCCUUGAUGGACGGUCCUUUUGUUUUAAAGGUUUGUUAAUGUAGUAAUUGGUGUGACA